GGGCCGGGCCGGGCGGGCCAGGCAAAUCCAAGGGCGGGCUCGGGCCGGGCCGCACUAAAAUUAGAACGGGCCGGGCGGGCCACCACUUUAGCUGGGCCGCGUUGGGCCGGACUGGGCCAUAAAAAUGAGGCCCGUUUCGAGCCCUGGUUAUUACUUAUAUUUUCUACUUUAGCAAGAACAUAAGAAUUUGCACUAUGUUGAAUACAAUCUUCUAAUGAUACAAUUCCUAUGAUUGUAAAUGCGUAACUAUUAAUUAAUAAAACUGGUAAUUGUGUUCGUAAAGCAUUUAGUGAAAGAUGUAUAACACGUUUAUUAUUAUUAUCAAGACAUGAUCGAAAUGUAGAAAGUAAUUCAGCUAAUAUACCUCAUUGA